AUGAUUACUGAAGCUAGUUCUAAACUCAUUUCUCUCAAGUUAGAUGCAGUUACUCGACUAAAUAGGUCAUUUUUAGGCGUGAACAUGCAGUAUAUAGUAGAUGAUUCUAUUAAACUCAGAACACUGGGAUUAAUAGAAUUAACUGAAUCGCAUACUGGUAUUUAUUUAAAAGAGACAAUUUUAAAUAUACUAAAAAAAUUUAAAAUUGAACCAAAGCAAUUAUAUACAAUUACAUCUGACAACGGUGCAAACAUGCUUAAAGCGAUCAAUUUAGUUGAAAAAGAUAUAUCAACAGCACUUAAUGAAUCUCACACUGGUCAAGAUGAUGCAAUUAUUCUAAAUGAGACGGCUGAGAUCCACUCAAAUUUAUCAAGUUCAGUCAACUCAGAUGAUGAAUGUAGUGAUAGUGAAACUGGUGCAGAUUGUUUGAUACUUGAUGACGAACAAAUAGAAAAUAUACUUAAUGAAGACAUUGAAUGUGUUGAUUCAACGUAUGAACACACAGAACAAAUCCUGAAUGAUAUUCAAUUACACAAUUUAGGGGAUGGUUCAAUUUUUACAGGUAUUCGUUGUGUAGCGCAUACUCUACAACUAGCAGUUAUAGACAGCUUAAAAGAUGGCGGUGUGGAUAAAUUGUUAAAUAAAGUUCGCAUAUUAGUUCGAAAACUGCGUAAUCAAACCUAUAUAUAUUUGAUAAAAAAAGAAAAACUUAAAUUACCAAUUUUGGACUGUUUGACUCGUUGGCAUUCAACAUAUGAUAUGAUAGAGAGGAUACAAUAUUUAAAAGAGUUUAUACAAAUUAUGAUUGCAAAUGACCCCAAAUUAAAAAAAAUUAGUUUGAAUAAUUCUGAUUGGCAGCAAGUUGAAAUUCUUGCAAAAACUUUAUUACCGGCUAAACUUUGUACAAAAAAACUUCAAAGUGAACAAUUGACAUUGUCAGAUUUUUAUAGUACAUGGAUUUCGUGCAAAAUUGAAACACGUACACUAGAGAAUCCAUUUUUUAAUAAAUUAGUAAAAUGUAUGGAAUAUAGGGAACAAUUUAUCAUGAAUAAUAAGGUGUUAUUGGCAGCAAUAUUUCUAGAUCCCCGUUUCAAGGUAACAUUAAGUGAAAUACAGUAUGAUAUAGCCAUUAGUCAUUUAAUUUCUAUUUGGGUUUAUUUAAAAGAUAAUAAAAUAAACUCAAAAGAUAAUCAUGAAAGUAUGGAAGACCAAAUAGCUGAAAGUGAUAAUUUCGAAUUUAAUCAAAAUUCUGAUCCUCUUGAACAAUUUUUGCAAGAAAGAGAAAGCGUCGAAGUAGUAUCAUGUUCAAGCCAAAAUUCUACUUCAACAGUUAUUGAAAAUUUACUUAAAACGUAUUAUUUAAACCAAAAAAGGUUAAGUUAUAAAAUCAACAUAUUACAGUUUUGGAAAUCAAUGGAAGACACAUACCCAGAAUUGUAUAUACUUGCUAAAAUAGUGUUUGCUGUGCCUUCCACACAAGUUAGCGUUGAGCGGCUAUUUUCAGGACUUAAGUUUAUUUUAUCGCCUUACAGGAGUAAUAUAACGUCCAAAAAUUUAGAAAACCAACUAAUAGUUCGAACAAAUAGAUUGUUUGAGAAGAAAAUUAUAACAAAAGAGUAAAGUUUAUUAUAUAACUUACAUUUUUAUAAAUUUUAUUUUAUUUUAAAUAUUAUAUUUUUUUGUAUAAGUUACACACAACUUAUAAUUAUAAAGGUUAUUUUUUAUUUUAAAACUUACACACUAUUUUAUUAUUAUUUAUGAUGUUGUUUAAGUUAAGCUUUCUAUUAAAUAUUCAAAUGUCUUGUUUUAUUUUAAUUAUUAUCUUAAAUAUUAUUAUUUUUGUUACAUUGAUUUUA